AGACUGGGGCAAUAUGCGUACUCGCAGGACUGUUGUAUACAUUACGGCCUCACUCGGUAGCAGGAGCUCGACGGGUGUGGGGGUGGCGCGUGAGGUGCUGUGCACGCGACGCGGGAAUUGUGAAAGUGCUGUACCUACUCAGUUUCAAAUUGUUUGAUUGAACAAUUGUUUGCUAUUUGCUGGAGCAGUUUAUUUCAAACAAGUUUGAGCAUCGACAAAGCCGGCACCAUGUACCGUACCGUGCUGUGCCGCCUGCUGCCGGCCGGCCGCGCCGGGCUGGUCUGUCGACGCUGGAAGAGCGCACCGCCGCCGCCGGCCACCGCGGCGGCCGCGGCCGUAUCGGCGGAGCCGUUCCUGACGGGAACCAGCUCCACCUAUGUGGAGGAGAUGUACGUCCAGUGGCUGCGGGACCCCAGCUCCGUGCACGCGUCCUGGGACGCGCACUUUUCCCGCGUGGCGGCCGGCGCGGCGCCGGGGGCCGCGUACGUACCGCCCCCGCAGCUGAAACCGCCCUCAGCUGGCACUGCGCCCCUGUCCGCCCUGGUGGCGCCGUCCGCGGGGGGAGUCCUGAGCGGGGCCGCGCCGUCAGCUGAGGAGAUCCAGGACCACCUGAGUGUCACCGGGCUCAUCAGGAGUUACCAGAUCCGCGGUCACCUGGUGGCCCGCCUGGACCCGCUGGAGAUCGAACGGAAACCGGUGGAGACUGCCUCCGAGAUCGUGGUGCGCGGAUACAUGAAGACGUUCGAUGAGCAGGACAUGGACCGCGUCUUCCAGCUGCCAUCCUCCACGUUUAUCGGCGGCCGGGAGAAGGCGCUGCCGCUCAGGGAGAUCGUCAACCGGCUGGAGCAGGCCUACUGCAGGAGUAUCGGCGUGGAGUACAUGUACAUCAACGACCUGGAGCAGUGCAGCUGGAUCAGGCAGCGGAUCGAGACGCCCGGCGUCCUGUCGGCCACAAAGGAGCAAAAGCGCGUCCUGCUGGCCAGACUGGCGCGAGCCUCCGGUUUCGAGUCGUUCCUGGCCCGCAAGUGGUCUUCGGAGAAGCGGUUCGGCCUGGAGGGUGGUGAGGUGCUCAUCCCGGCCAUGAAACACAUCAUCGACGUCAGCUCAGCAAUGGGAGUCGAGUCCUUCGUCAUGGGUAUGUCCCACCGCGGCCGUCUGAACGUUCUGGCCAACAUCUGUCGGAAGCCACUGGAGCAGAUUUUCGCCCAGUUCGCCGCGCUCGAGGUCGCCGACGAGGGUUCUGGUGACGUCAAGUAUCACCUUGGCACGUACGUGGAGCGUCUGAACCGAGUAACAAACAAGAACGUGCGUAUGGCGAUUGUGGCCAACCCGAGUCACCUGGAGGCCGCGGACCCGGUGGUACAGGGCAAGACGCGGGCCGAACAGUUCUACCGCGGAGAUACCGAGGGCAACAAGGUGAUGUCGAUCCUGCUGCACGGAGACGCGGCCUUCUCUGGACAGGGAGUCGUCUACGAGACGAUUCACCUGUCCGACCUGCCGGCCUACACCACGCACGGAACGAUACAUAUUGUCGUCAACAAUCAGAUCGGUUUCACGACGGACCCGCGCCUCACCCGCUCGUCGCCCUACUGCACGGACGUGGCGCGCGUGGUGAACGCGCCCAUUUUCCACGUGAACGGCGACGACCCGGAGGCCGUGAUGCACGUCUGCCAGAUCGCCGCCGAGUGGAGGAACACCUUCCACAAGGACGUCGUCAUCGACAUCGUGUCGUACCGUCGUAACGGUCACAACGAGAUUGACGAGCCGAUGUUCACGCACCCGUUCAUGUACACCAAAGUACGGGGUACGCCGGGAAUCCUGCAGAAGUACUCUGAGAAACUGAUAGAGGAGGGCGUGGUGACCGAGCGAGAGUUCAAGGAGGACGUGGUGAACCGGUACGAAAACAUCUGCGAGACGGCGCUGGAGGCGUCCAAGAAGGAGACCCAGGUCUAUAACAAGCACUGGAUCGACUCGCCCUGGUCCGGCUUCUUCGAGGGUAAGGACCCGCUGAAAAUGUCCACCACCGGUGUCGGGGAGGAGACUCUGGCCCACAUCGGUCGGAGGGUCUCCUCCGCCCCGCCCAACGCCGAGAACUUCGAGAUCCACCGCGGACUCCAGCGCGUGCUGAACGGCCGUAUGGAGUUGCUGGAGUCGCGCCAGGUGGACUGGGCCCUGGCUGAGGCCAUGGCGUUUGGCUCCCUGCUGAAAGAGGGGGUGCACGUGCGACUGUCCGGACAGGACGUGGAGAGGGGUACCUUCAGCCACAGACACCACGUAAUGCACCACCAGAAGGUGGACAUGGCCACCUACUGCCCGCUGCAGCAUCUGUACCCGGACCAGGCGCAGUACACCAUCUGUAACUCGUCACUCUCAGAGUUCGGAGUGCUCGGGUUUGAGCUCGGGUUCAGCCUGACCAAUCCGAACGCGCUGGUCUGCUGGGAAGCCCAGUUCGGGGACUUCUGUAACACGGCCCAGGUGAUAAUCGACCAGUUCAUCGCCUCCGGCCAGGCCAAGUGGGUCCGGCAGUCGGGUCUGACGCUGCUGCUGCCCCACGGCAUGGAGGGAAUGGGUCCGGAGCACAGCUCGGCCCGCCUGGAGCGGUUCCUGCAGCUCUGCUCGGAGGACCCGGAGUACUUCCCGCCCUUCGCCGCUGACGAGUUCGCCAUCCGCCAGCUGCACGAAUGCAACAUGAUCGUGGCGAACGCCACGCUGCCGAGCAGCUACUUCCACCUGCUGCGGCGGCAGAUUCUGCUGCCGUUCCGCAAGCCGCUGAUCCUGAUGGCGCCCAAACAGCUGCUGCGGCACCCGAGCGCGCGCAGCAGCUUCGACGACAUGAGGGAGGGUACCCAGUUCAGGAGAGUGCUGCCCGACACGGGCCCGGCCGGCCGCUCCCCCGACUCUGUCCGUCGACUGGUCUUCUGCUCCGGGAAGGUAUACUUCGAGCUGGAGCGGCGGCGACAGGAGCUCGGACUCGAGACAGACGUGGCCAUCGUCAGACUGGAACAGCUGUCUCCGUUUCCGUUUGACGCGGUGAAGCAGCAGCUGGACCUGUACCCGUCGGUCGGUGACGUGGUCUGGGCCCAGGAGGAGGCCAAGAACAACGGCGCCUGGACGUUCGUCAAGCCGCGCUUCGAGACGGCCGCCGCCGCCGACAGCGUCAUUCGAUACGUUGGUCGCAGCUGCAGCGCCUCCCCGGCCACCGGCAGCAAGGCUUCCCACCAGAAGGAACUCGAGGCGCUGCUCACAGACACAUUCGCCGGGCUGCACUGACCGGUGACGUCAUCAGCGCCUGUGUGACGUCAUAGACACGCUGAAAUAGUGACGGCAUGAGCUCGCUGGCCCGACGCGGUGUCACAAAACACCCGAUGUGUUACGUCAUCAGAGCACGCCAUGCAUGUAUUAUCACCAGAAGGCCGGACACGUCCAUCAGAGGGCCGCCGCUGCGACUUGAUUCCUGCUGGGAAUGUGUAACUUGUGGUGUAUAUGCGCUAUACCAAAUUGUCUACAGAGUGAUAGCGCAAUGUUCGAUGGCGUCAGAGGUGACGUCACGUGGGUGAUGGACGUCAUACGGGAUGCUGAGUGAGGUCACAAACCAACGACUGAUGCGGGUGUCUAUUGUGUUUGUGACGGCGAUCAUGUAUGUGAUCAUUUACACGUCAGUGUCAACGGCGAUGAUAAUUACCAUUAUCAUCGCCGAUCAUAUAAUACGAUAGCAUUAUCAUGUAUUAUAAUAAGUGGUGGCGCGCUCAGCCAUAGUGUCUGACGUCACAACGAGGAACGAUGACGUCACAAUCACAGGUGGUGACGUUACGAAACGAAGUGCCUUUACAGCGACCAUCGGGCAACUACAGAGAUCAGUCACGUGACCGGCCACGGUACACCUUAUUUCCCUACGACCUUGGUCACGUGUUCUGCGGCGCUGCUGAACCUGAAGUCACUGUGAUGCGGAUUUUGUACACCAGCCAUGAUAUUGACACGUGCACUGGUUGUCUGGAGAUCCACUGCCCAAAAAACGCGCCGACCGACGCAGCAAACGCCGCGAACUGUUGGCCUACCAGCUGUCCGUUAUUACCUUUAUAGAAGUAGCAUAGUAAAUCACUCGAGAUAUUAUUAGCUCUUGCACGUUUCGUAGGUGUAUCUUCCUAGUUACUGCUGAAAUGACCUAGGAUUCUAGCCUUAUCCAAAGUGGUGGCUCGCACAACUGUUCAUAAAGAGAUGUGCUAUUCUUAUACGAAAUCGGCUCGUACAGGUGUUUUGAAAGAGAUGUACUAUUUUUAGACAAAAUCAGCAGAGUGUUUCAAAAUACAAAUGAAUGCCAGAUAUUACCAGUGAGUGUGUGGGGCCCGUUAAAAGUGAAGUGAGAAUGCGGCGAGAAGUUGUGUGAGAAUCUGUGUUUUUGAUGGGUUGUUGCCGCUAGUUCUGAGCAUGUGAGGCGUGUGUUCGGUAGUUUUUGAUUUAUGGAGGUGAAAAUUGUACGGAGUUGUGCCCACUAUGACAGUAGCAGACUGAGCGAUUCAAUACAAACGAGAAUAUGA